AUGUGUGAACAAGGGCUGGGUCUCAUAAUCAUACAGAAUGGGCCGUAUCUCCAGAUAACAAGCCUUGUUGAGAAAAGCUCUGCAGCUAACGAUGGAAAGCUAAAACCAGGUGAUGUUCUCAUAAAAAUUGGACAUGCUAACGUUUUAGGAUGGACUCUGCGAGAGCUUAGGCAACUCCUGCACAAUAUUCCUAUAGGAACUACUCUACAAAUAGUUUACAGAGAUUUUGUUGAAGUACCUCAACACUGUUACCAUCAACAUCCAAAAUUUGGCAGAUAUCUGAUACAGGCCAGACACUACAGAGUAGGCACACACCAUGGUUGUGAUACUGUACUUCACAAUGAUGUUGAUGCACUGUGCAAUCCCAAGUUCGAUGCUCGCGGUGUUAGACCUCCUUCAUACUGGGCUAUGGAAAACAAUGAGACCAGUUCUUCUUCCUCCUGCCCUUCUGUAUUGGAUAUGUCCUAUCUGUAA